ACGAGCUUUCAGUGGUGUCAACUGAAACCAGUUUAGAGUUUUUUCUUUCUAAGAAUUAAUGGACAGCAAGAUAGAAUCAAGUUUUACAAGAGGGCUACAAGGUGUUCUGUUUGUCACAUAAUGGAAACUCCUCCCCCUUUACAAAGCUUAUAAACAAAGAGGAACCAAGAAAAGACCCCACUUCUGUUUCAUCUCUGGCUGACACUAACCACUGCUCAGGGAGUUGCUCAUUUGUUCUUGACUGUAGAGAAUUAUAGAAAAAGUUCACGAUGGCAUCCAUGGGAAAGGAGCUUCUAGGAUUGGCCCUGGCCAUCAUCGGAUUUCUUGGGGUCAUCAUCGUCUGCGCCCUGCCCAUGUGGAGAGUGACUGCCUUCAUUGGAGCCAACAUCGUGACUGCGCAAAUCAUCUGGGAAGGUCUGUGGAUGAAUUGCGUGACCCAGAGCACGGGGCAGAUGCAGUGCAAGAUCUACGACUCCAUGCUCGCCCUGCCCCAGGACCUGCAGGCCGCCCGCGCCCUGGUCGUCAUCUCCAUCAUUGUGUCCUUCUUUGCCAUCCUGCUGGCCGUGGUUGGCGGAAAAUGCACCAACUGCAUCGAGGAGGAAGCUUCAAAGGCAAAGGUGACCAUCGGCAGUGGCAUUGCCUUCAUCAUCGCUGGUAUCCUCUGCCUCAUCCCAGUCUGCUGGUCAGCUAACACAAUCAUCCAGGAUUUCUACAACCCUCUGCUGACGGAAGCCCAGCGCAGAGAGCUGGGAGCCUCACUACUCACAAUGGCAUCUAUGGGAAAGGAGAUUCUAGGAUUGGCCCUGGCCAUCAUCGGAUUUCUUGGGGUCAUCAUCGUCUGCGCCAUGCCCAUGUGGAAGGUGACUGCCUUCAUUGGAGCCAACAUCGUGACUGCGCAAAUCAUCUGGGAAGGUCUGUGGAUGAAUUGCGUGACCCAGAGCACGGGGCAGAUGCAGUGCAAGGUCUACGACUCCAUGCUCGCCCUGCCCCAGGACCUGCAGGCGGCCCGCGCCCUGGUCGUCAUCUCCAUCAUUGUGUCCUUCUUUGCCAUCCUGCUGGCCGUGGUCGGCGGAAAAUGCACCAACUGCAUCGAGGAGGAAGCUUCAAAGGCAAAGGUGACCAUCGGCAGUGGCAUUGCCUUCAUCAUCGCUGGUGUCCUCUGCCUCAUCCCAGUCUGCUGGUCAGCUAAUACAAUCAUCCGGGAUUUCUACAACCCUCUGCUGACGGAAGCCCAGCGCAGAGAGCUGGGAGCCUCACUGUACAUUGGCUGGGGAGCUGCUGGUUUGCUGAUCCUAGGUGGUGGCCUGCUGUGUACCUCCUGCCCCCCCAAGGAGGACAAGGGCUACAAUGUUAAGUACUCCCAGCCAAGAUCUACGGCUGAUAGCAAGGCAUAUGUUUAAGAGUGGUGGGCAACGCUGGAAAUGGAAACGACAACCAUCAAACGCUUUAUUUUUGGCAUUUCCUUUGUCAUUCACGUUCUGUUUUUGUACCGAGUUAAAAACAUGGAUAGAUUUAUUAAAAUACGGACAAAUGGACGUGCCAUGGACUCAUAAACCGAGUUCUGUAAAAUGACAAAAAUAAGUGUUUUGUACAGUGGACGGGACAAUUCUCACUGAAGAGUGAGAGCCGCGCGGACUUUGCGGAGUCGCAAAAGUCUGUUACAUGUAUGGGGGCGUAGUUGUAAAAUAUCAUCUCAAAUGUAUACGUAUAAAGUAUGUGUUUUAUAUGUGUUUUUAUUUCAUGUGGCUUGUUAUGAAGAAAUGGUGGCAGCGUUUCUUAGAUUUCUAAAGCGAUGAAAAUAGUACAGCACGCGCCAUUAUAAUUUACGCAAAACUGUGAUCGGACAGUAAAGAAAUGUGCCUUUGUUCCUUACUGUACGUAUAACAUACAACUAAAUUGUGUCUUUGUUUAAAAAUCCAACUGGAAUAAAACGAAUCAUAUGUAGUUCUAAAGCUGUAGAAUUAAAUUACAAUAAAUAUUUUGAAAAUCA